AUGAUCUUAAAUUUGAUUCCAAACUUGCUAGUAGUACUUGCUUUGAUUCGCUCGAAGUUUAAGACUUCAAUCAACUACCUUUUCCUCAACUUAGCACUGGCCGACAUUCUGGUGGCAACAUCUCUGAUCCCUCAAUAUGUGCUUCGUCCUGUAUAUACCCACCCUGAUGGAUGGGCUGGAACCUUGCUUUGUAAGCUGUUUACCGGGGGGUUCACUAUGUGGGUUGGAGGGUGUACUGCUACUGUCAUGCAUGUUGUGAUCGCCAUCGAACGCUUCUAUGCCACUCGAACUGGCAACAUUGCACGAAAAUUAUCAAAGAGAAAACUAAUAAUGGUUAUUGUAUGUGGUUGGAUUUUUGCCAUUCUUUCCGAGAUUCCUCCAAUGACCGUAAUGAUUUAUGACAAAAAUCAUUCAUCAUGCUUUGAAAACUGGUCUAAACUUGUAUAUGGCAAGAUUUACACCGUCUUUACCUUCGUUGUGGACUUUUCAGUUCCUCUUGUACUGAUGGCUGUUCUAUACGCAAAGACUGUGAAAACUCUUUGGGGCCCAUCUAUAAUUUCGGGCACUUCAUUAGUCGUAAUCAAAUCACGCAAGCGAAUCACGAAAAUUGCAGUAACAGUGACGGUGCUUCACGCAUUGUGUUGGCUACCUGAUGUGACUUCAUACUUGCUUGCCUAUCACGUUCCUGGCUUGGUGGAAUAUGGGUCCAUUAUUUACCACGCCUGUGUGAUACCUGUUGGUUUAAGCUCGUGUUUGAAUCCGAUCAUUUACACUCUUCAAAGUCAAAGAUUCAGGCAGGAGUUGCGAAUGUAUAUUUGCUGCUGGUUACCGACGAAUAAAGUAUCAAUU